CCCCGGCCGGUUUGAGGGGUGCGUUGCCCGGAGACGGAAAGUUUGGGAGCCGCAGCAGGCUCUUGCGUGGCCCCGGGUGGGGGUCCGAGGAGUGGCGGUCCUGGGGAUGGGGAAGGAGCAGGAGCUGCUGGAGGCGGCCCGCACCGGGCACCUCCCGGCCGUGGAGAAGCUGCUGUCCGGGAAGCGGCUCUCCUCCGGCUUCGGCGGCGGCGGCGGCGGCUCCAGCGGCGGCGGCGGCGGCUCCGGGGGCGGCGGCCUCGGUUCUUCCAGCCACCCGCUUUCCAGUCUGCUGAGCAUGUGGAGAGGGCCAAACGUGAACUGUGUCGAUAGCACCGGCUACACUCCACUGCACCACGCUGCUUUGAAUGGCCACAGGGAUGUGGUUGAGGUUCUUCUGAGGAAUGAUGCGCUGACCAAUGUUGCUGACUCUAAAGGCUGCUACCCACUGCACUUGGCAGCAUGGAAAGGAGACGCCCAGAUAGUGCGCUUGCUCAUCCACCAAGGGCCCUCGCACACCAGAGUCAACGAACAGAAUGCUCUUGAGAUCAAAGAACUCAAAAAGUACGGCCCCUUUGACCCUUAUAUCAAUGCCAAGAACAACGACAACGAGACAGCCCUGCAUUGUGCAGCACAGUACGGCCACACGGAGGUAGUGAAGGCUCUGUUGGAGGAGCUCACAGACCCCACCAUGCGCAACAACAAAUUCGAAACCCCCCUGGACUUGGCAGCGCUGUACGGGCGGCUGGAGGUGGUGAAGAUGCUGCUGAGUGCGCACCCCAACCUCCUGAGCUGCAGCACGAGGAAGCACACCCCCUUACACUUGGCAGCAAGGAACGGCCACAAGGCUGUGGUGCAGGUGCUGCUGGACGCCGGCAUGGAUAGCAACUACCAGACGGAGAUGGGCAGCGCUUUGCAUGAGGCUGCUUUGUUUGGCAAGACCGAUGUGGUGCAAAUUCUGCUGGCUGCAGGAAUCGAUGUCAACAUAAAGGACAAUCGUGGAAUGACUGCCCUGGACACUGUGCGGGACCUGCCUUCCCAGAAGAGCCAGCAGAUAGCCGCACUGAUAGAAGAUCACAUGACUGGAAAAAGAAGCGUGAAAGAAGUUGAUAAGACCUCCACAGCCCAGCUACCUCUCCUCUCCGGCACAGAUGCCAUAGCACCAAAGUCUCAGGGGAAUGUGGAGAAAGCAGUAAGUGAACUGAUCAUUGAUUUUGAUACACAUGCUGAGGAGGAGGGUCCCUACGAGGCGCUCUACAAUGCUGUGUCCUGCCAGUCCUUGGACAGCACGGCCAGUGGGCGAUCAUCUGACCGAGAUUCCGUGAACAAGGAGGCCGAGGCCACUGGAGCAAGACCUGCUGGAGUGAGGCCUAGGGAACGCCCACCGCCUCCAGCAAAGCCGCCACCUGAUGAAGAGGAGGAAGAACGCGUUGAUAAGAAGUAUUUGCCCUUGACAGCCUCUGAGGGCCUGGCUUUGAGACCCCGGAUUCAGAGCAGUGUCCCCCGGGAGGAGGACGAGCACCCGUAUGAGCUGCUGCUCACGGCAGAGACCAAGAAGCUGGGGGCCCCCGACGGAAGGACUAAAGACCACAGGCAGAGCAGCAGCAGCCGGAGCCAGGACUCUGUGGAGGGGCAGGACGGGCAGGUCCCGGAGCAGUUCUCAGGUCUCCUCCACGGCUCCUCCCCAGUGUGUGAGGUGGGGCAGGACCCUUUCCAGCUGCUUACUGCCCCCAGCCAGAACCACCCGGAGUCCCCCCAGCAGGACGCCUGCCACGAGGCCAGCAUGCAGCUAGAGGGGCCGGGUGUGCAAGGCCCUGGAAACCCACAGACCGGCGUCCUGGACCAAAGCAAGAGAGUGGGCUUCCCAGCAGGCCUGACUGCCCCAGCCAGCCAAGCACACCUCCAGACUUGGACUCACACGGUACCUCUGCACCCUGCUGGUGCUGAGGAAGAGGACGCCAGGAGCGGGGCCAGGAGCAGAGCCCCUCCCACCAGCAAGCCCAAAGCUGAGCUCAAGCUCAGCCGCAGUUUGUCUAAGUCUGACUCCGACCUUCUGACCUGCUCCCCCACGGAGGAUACCGCGAUGGGGAGUCGCAGUGAAUCUCUGUCCAACUGCAGCAUCGGGAAGAAGAGGCUGGAGAAGUCACCUUCAUUCGCCUCGGAGUGGGAUGAGAUUGAGAAAAUCAUGAGCUCAAUUGGAGAAGGAAUUGACUUUUCUCAGGAACAGCAGAAGGUCUCAGGUUCUCGGACGCUGGAGCAGAGCGUCGGGGAGUGGCUGGAGUCGAUGGGCCUGCAGCAGUACGAGAGCAAGUUGCUGCUGAAUGGCUUUGAUGAUGUCCGCUUCCUGGGGUCUAAUGUGAUGGAAGAUCAAGACCUGAGGGAGAUUGGCAUCAGUGACCCACAGCACCGGCGGAAGCUGCUGCAGGCUGCACGCUCCCUGCCCAAGGUGAAGGCUCUUGGCUAUGACGGGGUCAGCCCCCCGUCAGUGCCCUCCUGGCUGGACUCCCUGGGGCUGCAGGACUAUGUCCACUCCUUCCUGUCCAGCGGCUACAGCUCCAUCGACACUGUGAAGAACCUCUGGGAGCUGGAGCUUGUCAACGUCCUGAAGGUCCACCUGCUGGGCCACCGGAAGCGCAUCAUCGCCUCUCUUGCAGAAAGGCCUUAUGAGGAGCCACCCCAGAAGCCCCCAAGGUUUUCCCAGCUAAGAUGCCAGGACUUAAUCUCCCAGACAUCGUCCCCGCUGAGCCAGAAUGAUUCCUGUACAGGGCGGUCGGCAGACCUGCUGCUGCCCUCGGCUGACACAAGCAGGAGACGUCACGACAGCCCGUACGACCCCGGGGCCGCCUCUCGGGCAGAGCGCUUCCGAGUGCAGGAGGAGCCCAGUGAGACCAAGCUGACCCUCCGUCCACCCAGCCUGGCUGCUCCCUAUGCUCCUGUGCAGAGCUGGCAGCACCAGCCGGAAAAACUCAUCUUUGAAUCCUGUGGUUAUGAGGCCAAUUAUCUGGGCUCUAUGCUGAUCAAAGAUCUUCGAGGGACAGAAUCCACACAAGAUGCCUGUGCCAAAAUGCGGAAAUCUACCGAGCACAUGAAGAAGGUCCCCACCAUCAUCCUGUCCAUCACAUACAAAGGGGUCAAGUUCAUUGAUGCUUCCAACAAGAAUGUCAUUGCUGAGCAUGAGAUCCGGAACAUUUCUUGCGCUGCCCAGGACCCGGAGGACCUAUGUACAUUUGCCUACAUUACCAAGGACCUGCAGACUGGCCACCACUACUGCCACGUAUUCAGCACAGUGGACGUGAACCUCACCUAUGAGAUCAUCCUGACCCUGGGGCAGGCAUUUGAGGUAGCCUAUCAGCUGGCCCUCCAGGCCCAGAAGUCCAGGACCAUGGGGGCCUCUGCAGCUGCGAUGAUUGAGACAAAAUCUUCCAAACCGGUGCCUAAGCCUCGGGUCGGCGUGAGGAAGUCUGCGCUGGAACCGCCUGAUUCGGACCAGGAGGCCCCAUCCCACGCUAGUGUUUCCUGGAUUGUGGACCCAAAGCCAGACUCUCAGCGGAGCCUCAGCACCAACUGAGCCACUGAGGAGCCAGCCACACUGUGCUGCGGAAACGCGGACGUGGGGAGCACAGGUUCCUGUGCCCCAGCACCGAGAGCCUCACCGGCAGCGCUGAAGACCCAGGCCCAGCCCCGCCGUACGACCUCCUUUCCGCUGCUUGGCCUGGGCCUGCCACCACCUGCAGAACAAACCCAGCCAUGGAGGCAGAGAAGACACCAAGCAUCUAGCCGAGGGGACCAUAACUUUGGGUGGCCCAAGAGUGGCCUGUCCAGGACAUGUGUUUUUAAUAGGAAAAAGCAAUCUUUUUUAACAAUUUUUUAACACUUGGCUCCAGCUUCUGGGUGAAGCUGCCAGUCAAGAAGACAGAGGAAGACUGGCAGAAGCCUGGUCUGUACAGCCCCUGCCUUCAGGGUGGGGUCUCAGCCUGGGAGUGGCUUGGCCAGAGUUGAGACCUCAGUGUUUGGUCCCCAGCUGCUUUAGAGCUGGGCAGGGCCGAUGGCACUUGGGCCAGAGCAGAAGCUUCUGGGGUUCCAAAUGGGGAUGAGCAAGUAGUUUCUGGUGUGGGGAACUCCUUGGUACUCUCCUGUCCACAUUAGCACUGCCCGAGGCAGCUGUCCCGUGUUGUUGACAGGCCGCGGCUGCCAUGUCAGAAGGAGAAGUGGCUUUGUUUGGAGCAUUAACGGGAAUGUCAGCUAAGACUCCAGCUUGCCAGCUUGGGACUUGUCUGUCCAACCUCACGCUAGUGCUUUUGACGGUUUAUCCUCUGUCGCUGGACACAUCUGUUCCAGACGUGGAAAGGGCUAGGUCAGGUGACAGUCCUACUUCCCGACUGUGGUCUUAAGGACAGGCUGGUGUUCCUUAACCUCCUCUGCAGCUUGCUUUGCUUUUUAAAGUGACUUGGGUGGUGGUCCUCCUCCUGGGCUUAAGGAGCAAUGAGGAGCAGAGUGCUAGGGAAGGGACCAAGUCAGGCCGGCCGCUCCCCAGGGUUUCUGGAGUAGAGAGCAAAACGGAAGAGAUGCACUGAGCCCAUGGGGACAGUAGCUGGCUUCAGGCUUUCCUGGCAGCUCAUUCUGGUCCUGGGGACAGUGGGCCAGGCUUGAGCGGUCUGUGAACGGCAGUUCUGGGCAUGUGUGUGGAGUGCUCCUGGGCACCUUCACCUUGUGGCUGGUCAGUGGGAAGCAGGGUUGACUUCUGCCAGACCUGGGGCUUUCUGUCUGCUGUGUGCUGAGGUACAGCUCCUCUCUGGGAAGAAGCCAGUGCUCCUCCACUGCUCGGUCCUGGCGGAAGUACUUCCUUUCCCUGCCUCGCGCUCUCAGCCCUCGAAAGCUCCCCUUGGUUCCUGGACCGGGUGUGCUGAACCCCUUCCUGCUCCCAGCGGUGAGCUCAGUGGUGGGUGCAGAGCCUGGGGACACUGUAGACACUACGAGAAGUUCAAGCUGCACUCUGUUCUAAAAUCACAGGCGGGCACUUCUUCCCUGGACGCUGCUGUGUCUUAUUUAUUCAGGGUGUUCCUACCAGAGAGUCUUUGGCUUGGCUGCUCUGGGUCUCGUUUCAAGACUGGUUUUGGGACAUUCAAGAAAUUCCUCUUCUACUCCUCGGGGUGGGUCUCUCCCUUUCAGGACAGGUGCCAAGUGGAAGGGUCGUGUCCUCUGACAAAACCAAGGCUGUGCCUGGCUGUGAAGGAGCCAUUCCGAUGAGGGUGGUAAAAUGUGCCCAGUGUCCUCACUGCCGUGGCCACAGGCUGCCCUGUGUGCCUCUCGGCUAGCCAGCUGCCCUGAGCAGGAGGCCCCGACCAGCAGGCUCUGCAUCCCAACGGGGUACUUUGGGCUCUGCCUCUGAGGUUGCCUGUUAGGGAGUUCUCGAGAAGCCUCGGGUUUGAGCACUCAGAAGGCAUGGCUGCAAUCGUCAAGAUGUUUCACAGUCAGCUCAUGAGGUGCCGGGGCCUAUACUGCAGGUCACGGGAGUUGUUGCUCAUGGCGGACAGUGGGACUGGACUGUAAGAAAAAUGUUAUUUAAUCUUUGUUUCCAUAUUUUGAUACUUGAAUGACUUCCCUUUUGUUUUACUGUACAUAAAAUUGUUAAUCUGUCUGAUUUUGUUUGAAUUAUAAACACCUUGUGGUACCAAACGUAACCAACCUGUGCAACAGCAUAGACUGACCUCACUACAGAGUGUGCAUAUCCUGGGCUUCCAGCUCCGUUUGUUAUUGUCAUAGCUGUACAGCUUAGGACAGACUGAGCUAAUAAAGGAGAGCGUGGAAACCA